AUAAUGGAAGAAACAAAAUUAUUGGCGGUGUCGGGAUCGUACCCGAUCUGACCCGACUAUUCAUUCCUUUUUCUACUUUUUUUCCAAAUCGAAAACUCGCCCACCUACCUACCUUAACAGUCAAGCUCAAGCCCACCGUCGUUACCCUCUCGGCUAUACUCAACAUUCUCCAUCUCCAACCCUUUAUAACUUCGCUCUUCUCGCCUCAGCACCUCUCACAAACUGUUUUCAAGAUUGAACGGUAUUAUGCUAGCUGGGUAUAGACAGUGGCAGAUAUGCGGAUCAUAUAGGUAGGCAGCUCAAACCCCUUUCCUUAUAUUUGCUAUGAUUUGGGUGUUGUUAGGUGAUCUAAUUACUGCUAUUCAAGUUAUAUUACAAAUGUUUUCGUUUUGCAAAUAAGAAAGGCAGAGAAUUUAAAAGUUGUGUAUUGACUGUAUUCCCUUUGGAUGAGCCAUUAUUAAAGUUGGGGUGAGGAUCUGUUUCAUUAGAACGACUGGAAAUUUGUAACGUUGUUUCCAUUGUUAACUUUAAUACUUUAUGACAGCAGGCUGCAGGCCUUAUUAUAUUAUAGCCAAUAGAUUAAUUUGAUAUAAAAUGAACAUUUACAUCAUUUUUUUUUCAAAGUAACAGUUACAUCAUAUUCUGAAAUUUGAAAAUGAACAGUUGCAUCGCAUUCCUAGAUUAUUGCAUAUUAAAUAUGAGCAUCCUGUUCACGCGUAGAAGAUGCCACUAAUAUUUCAUUAGGUAUUUCCAGCUCUUGUAGUUUUGGUUCUUUAUCUAGAAGAGGUCUAUUUAACCACCGCCAACUUGGUAGCAGCUAUGCUACCCACUGGAGCAAAGGAUUCCCAACUUCGUGAGAACAACAGCCAGAAGGUUCACCCACAACCAAUGGAAGAGGCUAUGAAUCAGAACCCAGAAGCCGUUGAGGCCCUGAUAUCCAAGAUUUUUACCAACAUUUCCUCCCUUAAGUCAGCUUACAUCCAACUUCAAGCAGCUCAUACUCCCUACAACCCCGAUAAAAUUCAAACUGCUGAUAAGCUUGUAAUAUCUGAACUGAAGAACUUGUCUGAACUAAAACACUUCUACAGAGAAAACAAUCCCAAGCCAGUAUGUGUUUCCCCACAGGAUUCUCGCUUGGCUGCUGAGAUCCAAGAACAACAGAGCCUGCUGAAGACCUACGAGGUUAUGGUUAAGAAGUUCCAGUCUGAAAUUCAGAAUAAAGAUUCUGAGAUCCUUCAAAUGCAACGGCAAAUUGAGGAGGCAAACCAGAAGCGAAUUAAGCUUGAAAAGAAUCUUAAGCUCAGGGGAUUGUUGUCAAAAGAUUCUGAAGGUUCGGCAGAUGAAAAUGGUUUUUUCCAUGUGGAUCUAACUCCUGAUCUUUUCUUGUCAUAUGUAGAAGCUACUUUUAAAGCUAUUCAUGAUUUUUCUAAGCCAUUGAUCAACAUGAUGAAAGCUGCUGGUUGGGACCUUGAUGCUGCAGCUAACUCAAUCGAACCCAAUGUUGUUUAUGCGAAAAGGGCUCACAAGAAAUAUGCAUUUGAAUCCAAUAUUUGCCAACAAAUGUUCAGUGGCUUUCAGCAGGAAAGCUUUGCCAUGAAAGUUGAUGAUCUUACUCUUACAAAGGAGAGCUUCUUCAACCAAUUUCUUGCAUUAAGGGAGAUGGAUCCACUUGACAUGCUUGGUCAAAGUCCAGAUUCGGUGUUUGGGAAAUUUUGCCGAAGCAAAUACCUAGUAGUGGUUCAUCAGAAGAUGGAGGCUUCUUUUUUCGGAAACAUGGAUCAAAGGAAUUACGUCAUGGGAGGCGGGCAUCCAAGGACUCCUUUCUACCAGGCAUUUCUAAAACUGGCCAAGGCAGUCUGGCUUUUGCAUAGGUUGGCUUAUUCUUUUGAUCCCAGUGUUAAGGUCUUCCAAGUGAAGAGAGGAAGUGAAUUCUCCGAGGUUUAUAUGGAGAGUGUAGUGAAGAAUUUGAUGAUAGUAGAUGAAAAUGACCCAAAACCUAAGGUAGGACUUAUGGUUAUGCCUGGUUUCUGGAUUGGGGGGACUGUGAUUCAGAGUCGAGUUUAUCUCUCGGGCAUGAAGGUUGCUGAAUAACUUCCCAACCUUGCAGUAUGAAAUUCAAACGUGUACUUGGUGUGUUUACUAGUGUCUUGUUUCUUUUACUGUAACAUCUCGUAGCUGCUGGUUGUGUAAUCUGUAACUUUUAGUCCUGUUCUUUUUGUGAGAUGGAACGAUAUAUUUAUGUAUCUGCUUAAUUCUAUUUUAUAUUUUGAUUAAUUUGCUUUCCCGUUUGAAAGCUACACAUUACA